AUGGGUGCGUCCGAGUCAAAGCUGAUCUUCAAACAAGGCAUCUUCAGGCUCUCCGAAGAGCGCAACAUUGCUGCCAAUGACCCAUACUGGACAAAUUUCUGGGAAUUACCCGAGUCGGUCGAGGACGUCUUCAGCCUCUUCUCGCAUACCGAUAUCCGGCGAACUCGAGAUGCCGCUCUUGAGAACCUCGAAACCCUUAUCCUCGCGGUAACAUCGCGCUUGAUCGUGUUGAAGAAUCAUCCUUCGUUUCCAGACCCGGAUCUUGCCCCUGAGCGAGAUGCACUCAACUGCAUCCGAGUCCUCACCCGACUCUUGCCCUACGUCUAUGAGGCUGAACAACUGGCAGAUUGGGAAGAGAGGUUCUUCUGGGGCAUGCGCCGCCGCCGAACAAGGAGGGCGCAGGUGUCUGGGGAGGUAUUGUUCGACGACAACCAAGGCGACGAUACCACGCCUACGGAGAGUCCGCAACAAGAAUUCGAAGAUGCGAAACCGCUUGCGGAAGAACUGAUUGACACUUUGGUCGAUCUCUUGUUCUACACUAGUUUCACCAUACCCGAGCUCCCCAAUGCGAAGAGCAAGGUCACGUAUGCAAUCUGGCAGAGUGGUGUAGGCUGCAAGUCCUCGAUCCCGACAAGCAAGGAGCUUGAGAGCAAUCGCUGUGAAGUUCUGAGGCUUCUCCUGACCCUGUCGAGCAAGGCCAUGUAUAUGCCCUCCAGCGUCCUCCCUGUCCAGGGUGUAAGGGCCAUCACAUAUCUUUCAACAUGCCCAGACAAACAGAUCGUCCUCUCUGUGCUAUGCUCCCUGAUCAACACCACUAUCAAGGCAAACGUCGGCUCAUGGCGCCUGCCCUACGACCACAUGGUGCGCAAGGACUCGCAACAAACUCUGGUGGUAUACAGCUUGCAGUUGCUUCUUACCUUGUUACUUUACCCUGUGCCUGAAGACGCAAGUGGGACGGUACCGAAGAACUUCUACCGCCACUUUUUCGGCCGCUUGCACCGACCCGAAGAUUUCCAGUUCCUUGCCGACGGCAUGACGAAGGUCCUGAGCCAGCCAAUGCAGGCUACGACUGCAUACCUACCUGGAAGUCAGAAAUCGGUCAAAUGGGCUCCCGAAAUGAUCAUGCUCUUCUGGGAAGUGCUUCAGUGCAACAAGCGGUUCCGGUCAUUCAUUAUAGAAUCUAACCGCGCCCACGAUUUUGUGAUACUGAUGCUCUUCUACGCCAUCGAGUAUAAGACCGACGCAGCGCGGCAAGGGAUCGUGAGGAUGUGCGUGUUUGUGCUUCAGACUAUGAGCGUGGAGUCGAGUUUCGGCAAAAACCUCAACAAAAAGUUCGAAGCACAGGAGACACUGCCUCCCUCAAUCCGCGUUGCCAACUUUACAGGUACCUAUGCCGACUUCCUCAUCAUCUCCAUCCACACCCUCAUCACGGGAAGCAAGGGCAAACUGGAUGCCAUCUAUCCAGCUCUACUCGCCAUUAUUAACAAUAUGGCGGCCUAUGUGCAGCAUCUCUCAUUGGCGGCAAGCACGAGACUCGUGCAGCUACUGAGCUCGAUGUCUACCCCAAGUUUCUUGCUGGCCGAUGAGACGAAUCACGUACUUCUCCAGGCUUUGCUCGAGUCGAUAAACAGUAUGGUCGAGCAUCAGUAUGAGUCAAAUGCGAACUUGAUCUAUGCCAUCUGGCGAUCAAGAAAACGGAUCGAAGCCCUGCGGAAAUUUACGUUAGAAGGCGGGCAGGCAGAAAUCGAAAGAGCUGCUCAGCGUCACAAAGAAGCGGCCCUCACUGACAGCCCAAACAACCUUUCCAGAAGUUCGACCAUGGGCAUGGUAUCACCAUCAGCGACUCCAAACCCUGAGAGCGCAGUCGAUGGAACCUUUGCAAUUGGAGACUCGGACGACUCCGACAAUGAAGAGCCACCGACGCCUUCGUAUUCUACUCAAUCCAUGCGCACAUCGCGGACGCCUUCAGCAGCUUCCUCGUCAGUUCCCGAAGACAACAUGCCGAUUCAACUAACAGGCAUGUCGGAAAAGGCCAGAGGCAAAAUGCCCGCCAAUGCCGCCACCUUCUCUCGCCAGAACAGCACGACCAGCCUCUCAGCGACAUCAACGUACGCUCCCGGUCGCGGCGCCGUUGGCUUAACUCCUGAAUGGCUCGAAAGCUGGCUCCCAGACCUACCACUGCACACCCUCCUCACUGUGAUCAAAGUCCUGUCCUCCCACCCUCUAGCGUCGCCUCGAAACAACACGAGUAGCGACACGACAAAUCCGCCAUCGAUAGCGUCUUCCCGCCGCUCAUCUCUUGCUGCCGAUGAAACCAUCCCUAGUCCUACAACGGCCGAUGUUACCAACACAAACGCAAGCAGCACCCCGUCAGGCUUUCGUGCCCAAAUCCCCUCCACAUCAACGCAUCCCUCCAUCGCCACAAUUCUAGCCUCUCCUUCCCCCAUCCGCGUUCACCUCUUCGAAUGGUCCCCGCUCUCUCUAGGCUGGUACAUGUCCGUCCUUUGGUCGUUGAUCUUCACCGCGGAAAUGACCAUCGCGCCUACCUCUUCCACUGCCGCCACAUUAACAGGCCAAGGGACCAUGGCUGGCCCCGUUGGCGUGUGGAACGGUACGAACGUGAAACUAUUCCAGGUUGCCACGGAAGGCAAGAGGGAGGGUCCGAGUUUGAGCGCACCGAGAGGGGCGGUGGACGCGGUAGGGACGAGGCUUGUGCAGGGGGUGCAAGGGUUGAAUCUGGGUGGCUUGGUAGGUAGGGUUGGAGCUGGUGUGAGAAAUGCCGGUCAGGGGAAUAAUCGUGAGGACGGUAUACCCGGGACGACGAGGGAAGUGUAA